AUGACGUCAGGCUCCCCUGCCUCAGCCAGCUUGUCUGGCUUUCAUGUCUCCUCCGGAUCGCCGUGCUCCCCUGCCUCAGCCGGCUCGUCGGGCUUUCAUGCCUCCUCCAGAUCGCCAGGCACCCCUGCCUCAGCUGGCUUGUCAGGCUUUCAUGCCUUAGCCGGAUCGCCGGGCUCCCCUGCCUCAGCCGGCUCGUCAGGCUUUCAUGCCUCCUCCAGAUUGCCAGGCACCCCUGCCUCCACCGGCUCGUCAGGUUCUCUUGCGUCAGCCGGGUCGCCAGGCUCCCCUGCCUCAACCAAUCUGUCAGCGUCCCACGCCCCAGCUGACUCGACAGGUUCCCGUGCCUCAGUAUCUGGACUGAGCACCGGCGCAGAAGAAGACUCCGGCCAUGGAGCAGGACUGGACGCCGUGUUUGGACUGGACACCGGUGCAGAGGAAGGCUCCUGCCAUGGAGCGGGACUGGACGACGUGUCUAGAAGCUCCGAACCGUCGACCUUCGCUGGAGGUUCCGGACUGUCGACCAUCGCUGGAGGUUCCGAACCUGGCACUGUCGUAGGAGGUUCCGGACUCUCCACCACCCUCCCCAUCCCCUUCUCUCCUGUAGCCCUGCAUGAGGUCCUGUCUGCAGGCAGAGACUGUCUGGUGGCGGGGGACUCAUGCUCCAGCGAUGAGACCUGCAGCCCACGUCUGCGGACCCUGCGUCAGUGCGUGGCGGGCGACGGCAGCAUGAAGCUGGGCCCCGGGGCCCGGAGCCAGUGCGCCAACGCCGUCUCAGCCCUGAUUUCCAGCCCCCUGCAUGGCUGCCAGUGCAAACGGGGCAUGAAGAAGGAGAAGAACUGCCUCAGCAUCUACUGGAGUCUCCAUCAGUCUGUCAUACACGGACUCAACCUGGUAGAGAGUUACCCUUACAAAGCUGUGGAGAGAGACUACGACUCCGUUCGUCUGGCCUCCAUCACGGCUGACUCUGAGGCCAACGUGGCGACGGUGAACCGUUGCCUGGACGCAGCCAAGACGUGUAACGUUGACGACCUGUGCCAGAAGCUCCGCACAGAGUACGUAUCUGCCUGCAUCAAACCCUUGGCCAAGUCGGGCCUCUGCAACAAGGCCAAGUGUAAUAAGGCCCUACGCCGGUUCUUUGAUCGCGUCCCUCCAGCCUACACACAUGAGCUGCUUUUCUGCCCUUGCACGGACAUGGCGUGCGCCGAGCGACGCAGGCAAACCAUUGUUCCCGGCUGCUCCUAUGAGGGCUCAGACAAACCCAGCUGCCUCAUACAGAUGAGUAUGUGCAAGGGUGACUAUGUGUGCAGGUCCCGUCUGGCUCAGUUCCAGUACGACUGCAAACCAGCCGAGUCGUCUGCCAACAGCUGCAAGCAGGGGAACUAUGGAGCCUGUCUACUUGCCUACACAGGCUUGAUAGGCAGUUCGAUAACUCCCAACUAUGUGGAUAACUCCACAUCUAGCGUGGCCCCAUGGUGCUCCUGCUCUGCCAGCGGAAACCAGAGAGUAGAGUGCUCCGACUUCCUGGAAUACUUCACCAACAACGUCUGUCUCAGGAAUGCCCUCCUGGCGUUUGGGAGAGGGACAGACGUGAUGCCCACGUCCAGCGAAUCGAGACACCUCAGCCCAGCCACUGGCAGAGAGAGCCAUGCCAUCAACCCUCUGACUGCUACUGUGGAGACCACACGGAACAGUCCGGAAUCAAUUAUUCCAACACAGGCCAGCGGAAACGACCGAUUGUGGAGAGAUUCUACCCUCCCGUCAGAUGGGCUCCCAAACUCUGCCCCCGCACUUGGCCUACUGCCUCCAACUUCCUUUACUGGUCUUUUGGUCCUACCUCUGGUCUUAUAUGGUCACUAAAUGAGGAAGCACUGCCAAGGACCACCCAUAAAGCAGGAGUAUUUGUUCACAAAUUCUGGAUACAUUUUUGUCUUUAGCAUUUAAGGCUACUCCGUCUCCUAAACAUAUACAGCAUAGUCCUUUUCCUAUUUUUUGUGUGAGUGGUUCUGUUGCACUUGCAAGUCCCUUAGGUGUACGACUUGGAGAGACUGAGACAGAUUGGUUUCAAUCUGUAUACUUGUACAUUGUUAUCGCUUCGAGUCAAGAUGAAAGUACUUUUUAGUGGACUAACCUACCAUCCAGCUAUCCAAGCACAUCCAAGCACAGGACUAAAUUCUACAAAUGCCAUCGGGAACUGCACGGUUAUUCUUUAAGAUCUAUAUAUAAACGGAAAGCUCACGAGAAACGGACUCUAGUGAACUGUCUUUAUUUUGUACUCAACUGCACAAACUGAUUGGAAAAGACCCUUGCGGAUAUAAGGGCUUUAAUACCGCUCUCUUCGACUUGACUGAAGGAGGAACAUUGUUUCUGAUUAAUACUGGAAUGGUAGAGAUGGACAAUGGAGCUACGGCUUAUUCAUCCAUUCUGGACAAAUACACUGACUCUGAUCAUUCCAAGUGCUGUCGGCUGCAAGAGAUGUGGAAACUUUAGAAUACGUAGGAUAGCUCUGACCUAAUGAUUAUCAUGCACGUGGUGAAGAUUGGGCUCUUUGUCAUGCUGUCAUCGCCAGUUCAUUUGUUCUCGCUAAUGCUUAGCUAAGUGUUCAUUAUAAAAUUCUCAAAGGGUAUCUGAAUUAGUAUGCCAUAUAGGAACAAGGGCUUGUGUCUCAACAUUUUGGGCAAUAUUGAACCCUUUUAUCACUACCGAGCCUAGCCAAGACAGGCCGCAAUGCCCUCGGGCGGCAGGGUAGCCUAGUGGUUAGAGCGUUGGACUAGUAACCGGAAGGUUGCAAGUUCAAAUCCCCGAGCUGACAAGGUCGUUCUGCCCCUGAACAGGCAGUUAACCCACUGUUCCUAGGCCGUCAUUGAAAAUAAGAAUUUGUUCUUAACUGACUUGCCUAGAGGUAAAAUAUAAAAAAUACACAUCAACCAUAGUUGCUGGAAUGCACAAUGUGAAAAUAAAAUAUCAGAGACAAUAGCAGAAUACAGUACAGUUCGUACAGUAGAAAGCGUAUAUGUGACCUGUUCAUGGUAAGAUGGUCAUGAAUGAUGCGAUGUUCAAUGGGGGAAGACAAUGGGUUUCUGACGACAUAAUAUAGAGUUGGCUGGGUUUACUGUGCAUUGGCAGGACAGAUAAGCUACUUCUGGUAAGACGAGGGGUGGGGGUGUGUGUAUUUGUCAAUAACAGCU